AUGCAGGGCUUCAAUAUGGGACGCUAUGUUCCGCCCGAAGUCGAGGGUACCAUCUCGGGCAACAAGCUCCACGGCAAGCACGCCCUCGGCGCGCGCGCCUCCAAGCUCGCCUCGUCCGGCGCCCUUACCGUCCGCUUCGAAAUGCCCUACGCCAUAUGGUGCUCCACCUGCCCCAAACCCACCAUCAUCGGACAGGGCGUGCGCUUCAACGCCGAGAAGAAACGCGUCGGCAGCUAUCACUCGACACCAGUAUGGCAGUUCCGCAUGCGCCACGCCGACUGCGGCGGCUGGAUCGAGAUUCGGACGGACCCGCAGAACACGGCAUACGUCGUCGUCUCAGGGGCAAAGAAGCGGGACACUGGGGACGAGAGUGGGAGCGUCAGGGCGCCGAGGGAGGGAGAGAUGGUCAUCAUGACGGAUGAGGAGCGCCAAAAGUUGCGCAGCAGCGCGUUCGCGAGCCUCGAGAAGACGAUACAGGACCGCGAACAGCUGGCCGAGGCGACGGAGCGCAUCGAAGAGCUCGAAGACAUCUCGAAGAAGCGAUGGGACGACCCCUACGCACGCAACAAGGCGCUGCGCAAAUCGUUCCGCGUGGGACGGCAUCAGCGUGAGAGGGAUGCUGCUGUGGGUGAGGCUCUGAAAGACAGGAUGAGCCUGGGCAUCGACCUCGUCCCCGCGACGGAGGAGGAUGCACGGAGGGCUAGCCUGGUGGACUUUGGGCCCGGGAUCGGGCACGAAGGGGAUGCGGGGCACAAGGCGCUUGCAAAGCCGCUUUUCCCUUCGACGGCGCUGGCGGCCAUGAACGGGAAGCCGAAGGCAAACGGAAAGGCACUACCCAAGGGGACGCCCAAGGCAGAGGUGCUGGCGUCCAAGAGGAGGGAGACCAUUGUGUCCGAGAUUGUCGGAAACACGAGAAUGGCGCGGGAUCCGUUCCUCGUCGAGCCCAAGGCGGAGCGGACGCCAGUGAGAAUUUUUGGGUUGAAACGCAAGCGCGGCGUGGAGGAGGAGGAUGAGAAAGAAGAAGGAGAGAAGCAGAAGGUCCAGGAUGAUGCUCGGCCGCGGUUACCCCCUUCCAACCCCCUAGUGGGGUAUGAUUCUGAGUCGGACUAA